AUGUUUGGGAGUACAACUUUACAAGUACCAUGUUAUUUUCCAGAUGUGAAGCAAGACGUUAUUGUAGAUGAACAUAGGUUUGAGGUAGUCUACAUGGCUAUUGUCGGGCCAUUCCCAUUCAACUCUUUCCUUUCAGGAGUACUUUCUUGCAUCGGGACAGCAGUCCUUGCUGUUUGUCUCCGUAUUCAAGUGAACAAAGAAAACAAAGAAUUUAAGGAUUUAGCACCAGAACGGGCUUUUGCAGAUUUUGUUCUCUGCAACUUGGUGCUGCGUUCGGUGAUCAUGAAUUUCCUUGGAUAA